AUGGGCUGUUCGUUCGGCGGAGGAGAAGCAACAUUUUCCGGGACCGUCAUCGAGGACCGACGGGAGGCGCCGAACUUCCGCCUGACCGACCAUUUUGGGAACGCUGCCACUCUCGACCAGUACAACGAGGGGAAGGUUGUAGUUCUCACGUUUCUCUAUACAUACUGCCCGGAUAUCUGUCCGAUCGUCGCGCACCACGUAAAGAGCGUGCACGAGACGCUGGGCGAUGAUGCGGGGGACGUGUCCAUCGUGGUCGUAAGCGUCGACCCGGAGCGGGACACGGUCGAGCGGGCGCGGGAGUAUUCCGAGGCCUGGGGUAUGACCGAGAACUGGGCGUACCUCGUCGGGAGCGAAGACGAGCUCAGCCCGGUCUGGGCGUCGUACUACGUCGUUGCGGCGGUAGAUGAGGAAGCCCGCGUCGCGGAUGUGCCCGAGGAGUGGAAGGUCGACAGAGCCCGCGGGGUCGAUGCGCUGCGGCGGGACAUCGCCUCGCGUGCGCGUUCUCCACACGCUGCCAAUCGACCCGGCGGAUGUGGUGGCGGAUAUCCGGGCGCUACUUCGGGAGGACGGGUAGGCGCGGUCUAA